AUGAAUACUAGUGAUAAUCAAGAUCAUACAAUGGAAUUUACCGAGAAAGAUCCUCUUCAAGAAAAUUUUGAACAAACCAAACCAGUAAAAAAAAAGACAGUUAAAGAAACUCUUUUGUAUAUUUUCAACAAUGUGACUGUAGAACCAACAAUGUUCUUGUUUGUUUCAUCAACACUUUUAACUAUGUUGACGUCACAGAACUUCGGUCUUGAAAAAGCCUGUCGCGUUAAUCUCAACUUUACAACAGAAAUAUGUGAUUCUCUACGCUCGCAAAAUAUAGAAAGCCAAAAUGAAUAUGAAAGGGACACACAGAAGUUAUUCACAUCUAUUAUGGCUUGGAGGACAUACUUGUCCACAGCUAUUCCUUGUGCUUUAGCUCUUUUUAUUGGGUCAUGGUCUGAUAUAACUGGGCGUAGAAAAGUGUUUAUCCUCAUACCAAUUGCAGGACAAAUGCUUGUAUGCAUCAAUGGUUUGUUAAAUACAUAUUUUUUCUACGAACUACGUCUGGAACAUUUUGUGUUAAUUGAAGGACUUUUAGAAGGUUUUACCGGUGGUUGGUGUAUUUCUUUUGUAGCGAUAUUUUCAUAUAUUAGUGCUAUCACAACACAUGAAACAAGAACGUUUCGAAUGGGGUUAGUACAAUUCAGUUUCUCAGUAGGGUUUCCAGUAGGAAUGAGCAUUAGUGGAAUAUUCCUCAAAAACUACGGAUUUUAUGGUUGUUAUGGAUUGUCAUGUGGUUUACACGCUGCAAAUUUUAUCUACAAUUUCAUUUAUUUAAAAGAUACUGCAAAAAUUGAGGAUCAGAGACAGGUAAACGUCGAGGGCUUCCGUAACUUUUUCCGCGCAUUUUUUGAUCUUACAAAUGUAAAAGAAACAUUUAAAACGAUAUUCAAACAGGGUUCUAACAAAAGGAGAGUGCGAAUUAUCAUUCUGCUAGUUGUGGUUGCUAUAUUGUUUGGUCCUGUUCAUGGUGAAAUAGCAGUUCUAUACAUAUCUACUAGAUACAGAUUCAACUGGGACGAAGUCAAAUUCAGCAUUUUUCAAACUUAUAAUUUUGUGGCCCAUACUAUUGGAACUGUAUUCUCGUUAGCCGUGUUUAAUAAAUAUUUAGGAUGGCACGAUUCCGUUCUGGGGAUCAUUUCCUGUUUAAGCAAAAUUUUGGGAUCUUUUGUAUAUUGUUUUGCACUCAACGAGAAGAUAUUUUUCCUCGCACCAUUGGUUGACAUUCUGAAUGGGACAUCACUGUUGGCUUUUAGGUCAAUACUUUUAAAAUUGGUAUCACUCGAUGAAUUGGGUAAAGUUAACUCAAUAUUUGAAUUAACUGAAAAUCUAAUGCCUCUGGUCUAUGUCCCGCUGUAUAUAAAAACGUAUGCUGCAACUAUGGAGGUACUGCCGGGAGCAGUAUUCCUGUUAGGAGCUUCUAUGAAUCUUCCAGCUAUAUGUGCAUUCAUCUGGAUUUUCUACGAGCACAGAAGAAAUUUGAAAAAAUCAGUCAGACAAAAUAACGCCAGCAGAAUACCGUCUCAUCAAGAAGCAAGCUAA